GGGGCGGGAUCCCUUGGGCUGGUGCUGCGGACAGGACAGAAGCACCUAGAAUUAUAGCAGCCAAGUGUGGCCGUUGAUUUAGCUGCGCCGGGCCAGCGAAGGCAUUCGAUGGUACCUGAAUGAUAACGGAGCAGGGUUUCUGAGCACCUCCCGCCGUCCAUCAACGUAAAUAAUCAAAACAUUUACUGCCCAAACGAAGCAAAAGUUGGGGGGAGGUCAGUGGAACAGCUGAUUAUACUGGCAACCCUACCCCCUCAAUUCCCUGGAGUACCUACACUCUUGCAUUAUCUGGACCGGACAUGAUGUGGUCACCAAGGCCCCUCCUACUGGCUGUAGUACUGUGCUCAGUCCUCUCUGUGGUGCGUGUAAAGACCGCCCCCUGCCAAGCCUGUCGCAAACUCACAGAGAACUUCAUGAAGGGUCUGGAACGAACGGCCAAUAAGAACUUUGGGGGUGGGAACACGGCAUGGGAGGAGGAGAAACUGGCCAAAUAUGCACGCAGUGAGACCCGGCUGCUGGAGAUUGUGGAGUCGGCAUGUGAGAGCUCAGACUUUGAUUGCAACAGACUACUGGAGCAGAUCGAGGACCAGGUGGAGACAUGGUGGUUCCACAGACAGGAAGAGGCACCAGAUUUGUUUGAGUGGUUAUGCAUUGAUGAACUCAGGCUGUGUUGUCCACCAGGGAGAUUUGGACCUGAUUGUGCUGAGUGUCCUGUGGGGCCUGGUGGGGUGUGUGGUGGUCUGGGGCGUUGUGAGGGGGAGGGGACACGCCUGGGGGGCGGAGAAUGCGUCUGUGACCCAGGCUACUCUGGCCAGCUGUGCCAGGACUGUGCACAUGGCUACUAUAGAGAAAAGACGUCCAAUCACACGCAGCCUUCCUGUUCAGCAUGCUACCAUGCCUGUAAGAAGUGCUCCGGGCCAGAGGACUACAAAUGCCUGGACUGCAAGCCAGGCUGGUCUCUUCAUGACCACAAGUGUGUGGACAUCGAUGAGUGUGGUACAGAACUGGCUCGAUGUCCCUCCAACACAUACUGCUUUAACACAGAUGGCUCCUACGAAUGCAGAGGCUGUGACCAGGCCUGCGUGGGCUGCAUGGGCAGUGGUCCAGCCCGUUGCAAGAAGUGUUCCCGUGGCUACAGACUGACAGGAGCCAAGUGCCUGGAUGUGGAUGAGUGCACUGAGCGAGCGAUUGCAUGUCCUGGUCUGAAUGAGGUCUGUGUUAAUGAGGAGGGGUCCUUCCGCUGUGAGUGUGCGGAGGGGUACCAGCGCAAGGACAGCAUCUGCGUAGAGAACCUGCCCCCUUCGGGCCCAGAGAAAGGCCUUUUUGAGGACAUGACGGAUGACGAGGUGCUGGUUCUGCAGCAGAUGUUCUUCGGCGUGGUGAUCUGCGCCCUGGCCACGCUGGCUGCCAAGGGGGACAUGGUCUUUACCGCCAUCUUCAUCGGGGGCGUGGCCGCCAUGGCCGGAUACUGGCUGUCGGAGAAAGGGGACCGCAUGCUGGACGGGUUUCUGCGGGGACGCUAGCCUAUCGGGGGCCGGGGAAUCAGAGGCGGGGCGGGGAGGAGGAGUGCAGAGAAUGUGGGGAGUUUUGGGAAAGGGAGCGAAUGGCAUUGGGAAAAGGCAGGGAACAGAUACACUGGAAUGGGUGUGAGAGGUGGACUGUAACAAGCCCUCACCUGGAGAGGGCGUGGUCACUCACCCUUCUGCAGAAGCAGAGGGACUGGGCAGCCCCAGUGAUGGGGUGACACUGGGCUUUCAUCAUUUGUUGUAAUUAUGCAUUGCACUAGAGGUGAGGGAGUACUCCAAAAAUGCUGAAAAAUCAUCCCCCUACCCCCCGACAAAGAAAUUGUGCUUGAAACCUCAGGACUCAGACCCCCAUCAUCCCUUCUCCUGCCACCCCCCCCCCCCCAGCCGCACACAAUCCUCUCCAUCCUAUUUCAAAUUUAGGAUUUUAUUUUGGGAGGUAGGGGGAAACGGGCAGAAGGCGCUGAAUCACUAAGGAGUGUCCCGACUUCUGCCACGCCUUGAAUUCUCUGCAGUGGAUUGUGGGGAAUCUCACCUGUGGCAGCUGUCAGCACGCAGAAUUUAGCAGGAAGGCAUGAGGGGACAGAAAACAUGACACUUCUGUUGUUCUCUUUUUUGUGCGUUUUACAGAGGAAUUGCUGAAUGCAUGAGAUGUACUGUAUAAGGGUGGUGUGUUGUAGCCUCACGAGGAACACAGAAUGGUGUGGAUUUCCUGUCAUUUCCGUUUUUUUUACAUUUUCAGGCAGGAUUUUUAAUGCACAGUCUCUACAGCUUUGCCACCCAUAAUACCUACGGACAGCAGCAAUAUUGUGCGUGCGUGUAAAUGCGUGUGUGUGUGCGGGUGUGUGUGUGUGCGAGAGAAUAUGAUAUGAGCUUGUCGUGUGUGCAUCGGUCUUCAUGUAGUUGAAAGACGUGUGCCCCACCUGCACUGAAGGGGUUAUUUAUUUCUUAUUUAUUUUGUAGCCACCAUGUUUUAAUUGUGUUUAAAGUUUAAGAGUUUUUAUUUUCCCCAGACAUAUCUUUGCAAUUGUACACUGCUUCUGUACAGUAGGCCCAUGUGCAAACUGUCAUAUGGUAUAUUGUUCUCUCUAAGGUCACCCUGUCUUGUGUUCAGUGAGAAAUUUCCCACUUUUACAUUCUAAAUGAAUUGUCUGCUGUUUAGUGGAUGUGUGCGGUUAGUGAAAGGGCUUUUCAGUCAUUAUUUUCCAGCAGCAUGGAUUUAAACUGCCAUCUUCCCACCUCUCUCUUUUGUCGGCCUGUCUGUCAGUAGCAACGAUGACAUUUUUCCAUAUUGUCCAUGUUUAUCAGUAAUUGCAGCUCACUAAAUCUAGUUCAUUUUCGUCCACGCUCAACUGGCAAUCUAUGAGGAUUACACAGUUAAGCGAAGAUGUGCCCAAUGUAUUUUACCUCACUAGUCACUUACCUCACUGAGCUGUGCGUGUGCGGCGUGCCUGUGUGUAUGCAUGUGCGUGUGUGUGCGCGUACAUGUGUGCGUGCGUGUGCGCCCGUGUGUGUGCGUGCCUGCGUGUGUGUGUGCAUGUGCGCCUUUCAUCCGUCCGCUCCUUUAAGACGCACUCCUCUGGCUGUGUCUGUCUGUGAGCUGCGCUCUACCUGUGGCCAGGUCUUUGUAAUUAUGCCAUUAGCUAUACCUGUAAAUUAUUGACAAUGUGAAAACCACCUGCAUCUUUCUUGGCCUGCUGUGGUGCUUUACGUAACCUGUACACAUACGUCAGGAAAAUUGCACUUCUUUACAUUAUUAUCAUUAUUAAAAAAGAAACUUUAUCAUAGUUCUGGUUUUAUUUGUAUCAGAUCUCUUUCCUCAUAAAUUUUUCAAAAUCUUUGUUGUACUGGUACAUUAUAUCUAUCAGCCUAUUUCCCUUUCAUGAUUGGGUGUGAGAUGUGGGAUGGCCCAGUGUUAGGGGUGUGGCUGUAUUAUUUAAGGGUGCAGCUCCAGUUUAGAGGGUUGUACUGAAGGAGUUCCCUAUCUCUCAGCAUCUCCAGAGACCGGCUGACUGCCUUGUCCCUCCAGCACUGCUCCAUCAGCUGGAGAGGUAGAAGGUAAAGAAAGGAAGAGAUUAGCAAAACAUGCUGAUGUGACUUCCCGAGUGCCUGAGUAGGCAUGGGAAAUGGCUGUGAUCUCAGGCUGAGCCUACAUAUUGCUAGUCGCUGUCUAGGCUAUGUCCUUAGCCAACUAUGGCUGUGAGUACGCAACACGGGGAUGCAGGGUGGCCGUUUCCUGGAGGGUAGGGUGACAUAAUGCUCCAUGGUUACCAGUGAGAGCUGCACCCCUCCUGUGACAGGGUCUCUUGUAGUGUUCUGUACGGCUUUUGAUAAUGCAGAACAGUCACUGACUCGGCCUCAGAGGCAGUGCUCCCUUCACAGGUGUAGGCAGUGAUUUAAGUGCAAGUGACUGUUUGAAGUGUAAGAAUAAGGAGGAAAAUGUCCUUUAUCCCACCCCCCACCCCCCUCCUAAAAUGCACCAAUGUAGCCCUGUUAAAUUUGUCAGUAACUGUGCAAUUACCAAUAAAGCCAUAUUUGUAGCA